AUGAAACAGGUUUCGGGUGAAGUGUUGGAAUCACCUCGACGGCGUGCCGUGUUCGAAGAAAGCGGAAACGUACCAAAGCAAGAAUGGCGUGUCUUCUGGUAUGAAAAUAAUCGUGAAGGAGAAGGGAGCGCAGAAGCAAAGACAUUAUUUUUAGUUGGCAGCUGUGAUGAUCUGGCCAACGAAUUGCCGCGCGUCGGAUCAUCAUGGGAGAUUGGCUGUGGCUUGGUCGGCCGAAAGCUCUGGAACAUUUUAGAUGCAUUUCCAGUGGAGGACGUUUUUGAUCCGCUUCGAGAGUGA